UGAAAUGUUUAGACGAUUGUUACCGACAUUUUGAAUAGCAAGUGAUUUAUUAACAGAUAGUUUUCCCUUUUUUUGAGUUAAUACCUACUCCAUCAUAGUUGCUCCCCCGCGUUGGCGACAACUUUUGGUGCCUAAGGAGCUUCGCCAGCUUCCCCGCUUCCUAUAGUAGCAUGGCGAUGAAAUACUUCAAAGUCAUCAAGGAGAGAGUCCCUUUCACCAAGCACGCGACGAAACCACACAAUCCAAUUUUAACCGACGAAGAAGAAGCGUUUCUUAGCCAAGUUGCUAACUCCCCCGAGAAAACCAGGGUGGAUCAUGGUGGCGACGCGCAGGUCGCGUUGAUGAAUGGUGCGCAGAAUAUACCCUUACCGGCGUCUCCGCAGGAAGAGGACGACUUGGACAGAGAGUUUGCGUUCGAAGGGAGUAGGGCGAGAACUUCUGAAGAGGUAAAAGGGGAAGAAAAGUCAGUGGCGUCGCCAAAGAAAUGGAGACGUUGGAGUUGGAUGCCGGGUAAGGAAGUGCAUGAUAAGACGGAAAAAGAUAAGGCUGGAGAGGAGCCCCCUGUAGCCGCAGACGACGAGGUUAAGAAAGAAGAGCAAGAUAUUUCCGAAGUUCUGGAAAAGCUGAAUCUCGCUGCGAUAAACAACCGAGUGUUUUCGAUCAGCGACGAAACUCAAGAGCUGUUGGAAAAAUUCAAGCUUGUGUUCAGGGACCUGGUAAACGGCGUCCCGACCGCGUAUAGGGAUCUGGAGAGUCUCCUUACGAAUGGGGACAAACAACUGCAAAGCACGUUUGACCAGCUUCCCGACUUUUUGAAGAAGUUGAUCGAACAGCUACCGGAUAAAGUGACAGGAAAGUUUGCACCGGAGAUAUUAGCUGCUGCGGCAGAACGCGCUGCGCAGCAUGGGGUCAACGUAGAAAAUGCGGGCAAGGCUGCUGGUGCGGCGAAGAAGAUGGGGUUCAAGGUGCCCAGCCUCAAGGAGCUUGUGGGAAAGCCGGCUGCGGUUGCGGGAAUGUUGCGGUCUAUUAUGACAUUUUUGAGGGCGCGAUUCCCGGCGCUUAUGGGCAUGAAUGUCCUGUGGUCAUUGGCAUUGAUGGUUCUCCUUUUUGUCCUAUGGUACUGUCACAAAAGAGGCCGCGAGGAGCGUCUCGAAAAGGAGCGCAUUUCUCGAGAAACAUCUGCCUCCAACCUUGACAACACAGUUGGGCCGGCAGAGAACCUCAUCAUCACUUCUGCAGAGAACGCACCAAUGGAAGCCGCUGAAACAGAAGGUGAAGGCGCCCAACAAGCACAGCGGGCCCCGGUAUCGUCAGGAGAAGGCAGAGGGCCGGUCGCCUCGCUCCCUGCAUUUACCAAGAAAACACGUCGCAAGACAGUUGAACCGUAUGAGGGGACGUAAAGCCCGAAUCCUUCUGAUCUCGGCUUGAGGAGACGGAUGUCCACGUCAAGUCGAAGCUAGUUUUGUUACAAUAAUAGCUAGGGAGGUUGGGAUCCAUGGACGCAGGUGCGGGCCCGCUGGGGACAAAGCGGUCAGAAAGGAAUUUGUCCUCGAAAUUUCUUCGACGUCUGGAAGGAAAAGUUACGUUGUGGUAUUUUCGACAAUUUUGUUACUUUAUUUUAUUUUUUUCUCAUUAUAUUUUUGGCUAUGAUACCAUA